CGUCCCGCCCGGUGAUUGGAUUUAUUUUUCAUUUUGCUGUUGACGUCUCGUUGACGGCAGCACAUUUGCAGAAGACUCCAGCUCUAACAUGGCUUUAUAUUUACGGCUGGGGAUUAUAAUAUUCUUUGUUUCCAUGGUUGGGUCUGUUCCCAGGGAAAAUUUUAAGACAUGUGAGCAAAGCAGUUUUUGUAGGCGAUGUCGGAAAGUCGAGCAUGGGAAAACUGCUUAUAAUCUUUUGUUAAACACAACCACUCAAAAUGAUUCAACAUUGUACGUUGAACUAUACAAUAAGGAUACAGGAGUAUAUUACAACGUUGAAUUUACAGCAUUGAAACAUGAUUUAUUCAGACUGCACAUUAAUGAAAAAUCUCCAUUGUAUCCAAGAUACGAAGUUGAAUAUGCAUUACAAGAUCACCCACAAGUUUCUCAAUUGAUUGUUGUUGAAAAAACAGCAACUUAUAUCUCUGUUGCAAAUGGAAAAAAUAAAGCUAUACUUUAUGCCAGUCCAUUUAAAAUUGAUGUAUACUCUGGAAAUCAAUUAGUUAUUUCAACUAAUGCUAGAGGUCUUAUGAGAUUUGAACAUUUACGUCAUAAACCAGAACCAAAACCAGAACAGCCAGGACAUGCUGAUCAAUCAGAACAAACCGAUCAAUCGGAGCCAGCAGAACAACUUGAUCAGCAAGAUCAAACAGUUCAACAAGAUCAAAAGAAUGAAAAAAUAGAAAAUGUUGAACUCAAUGAUUCAGAAUUCCCAGGUGAUGGAGCAGAAAAUGAUCCUGGCGCAUGGGAAGAAAAUUUCAAGAAUCAUCAUGAUGCUAAACCUUAUGGACCUGAAGCGAUUGCAUUGGAUUUCAGCUUCCCAGGUGCUGAGCAUGUUUAUGGAAUACCCGAACAUGCCGAUUCCUUUGCUUUAAAAUCAACAAAACAGUCCGAGCCAUACAGACUGUAUAAUUUAGAUGUGUUUGAAUAUGAAAUUAAUGAGAGAAUGUCACUUUAUGGUGCUGUUCCGGUACUUUAUGCACAUGGAAAGAAAGCAACGUCAGGAAUAUUUUGGCACAAUGCUGCAGAAACUUGGAUUGAUAUUGUUUCUAGUGCGGAUAACAAUGUAGUUCAAAGCAUUGUUAAUUUUGUUUCUGGAACUGCAAAAAAGCCUCAAGUCGAUACGCACUUUAUGUCUGAAUCCGGCGUUAUCGAUGUUUUCUUUUUACUUGGACCUCAGCCAAUGGAUACAUUUCAACAAUAUGCUCAAAUAACUGGAUCCGCACAUUUACCACCGAUAUUCUCAUUGGCUUACCAUCAGUCUCGUUGGAACUACAAUGAUCAAGAAGACGUACAGCAAAUAUCCGACAACUACGAUAAGUAUGAUUUGCCACUUGAUGUUAUUUGGUUGGAUAUAGAGUAUACCGAUGGCAAGAAAUACUUUACAUGGGAUGAGAGAAAAUUCCCGAAUCCUUUAGAUAUGGUGAGAAAUCUAACAUCAAAAGGUCGUAAACUUGUGGUCAUCAUUGAUCCACACAUUAAACGUGACAGCAAUUACUUUUUGCAUAACGACGCCACCGACAACGGAUAUUAUGUUAAACACAGAGAUGGAAAAGAUUACGAGGGAUGGUGUUGGCCUGGUGCAUCAUCUUAUCUUGACUUCUUCGAUCCUACGGUAAGGAAGUAUUACAUGGGGCUUUACGACUUGAGUAAGUUCAAGGGGACAACUAGUGACGUGCACAUCUGGAAUGACAUGAACGAGCCGUCUGUAUUUAACGGUCCCGAGGUAACGAUGCCCAAGGAUCUCGUACACUACGGUGGAUGGGAGCAUCGUGACGUACACAACAUCAACGGUCUCGUGUAUACGAUGGCGACCUACGAUGCGUUAUUUAUGCGUUCCGGUGGCACUUUAAGGCCCUUCAUACUGUCCAGAUCUUUCUUCGCCGGCUCGCAGCGGUUCGCCGCAGUCUGGACCGGUGACAACGCUGCCGACUGGGAACAUCUUCGGAUCUCCUUCCCAAUGUGCCUAUCCCUUUCGAUCUCCGGAAUAUCUUUCUGUGGUGCUGAUGUCGGAGGAUUCUUUAAGAAUCCCGAAUCCGAGCUCUUCAUUAGGUGGUAUCAAGCCGGAAUCUGGUUGCCAUUCUUUCGCCAGCAUUCGCACAUAGAAACGAAGCGCCGCGAACCCUGGACAUUCAACAACGACGUUCUGAAUAUUGUGCGCGAAUCACUGAGGCUACGUUAUUCCUUCCUCCCAUACUGGUACACUUUGUUCCGCGAACAUGAGGUGAACGGCUCACCGGUUUUGAGACCCAUUUGGGCUCAUUACCCUACCGAGUCCGAGUCCUUCGCGAUCGACGACCAGAUCCUCGUAGGCGAUGCGAUCCUCGUGAAGUCCGUCUACCAGCAGUCUAUUACCGAGGUUCCUGUCUACUUCCCCGGUGAAGGCAAAGUUGCCUGGUAUGAAAUUGAGACGAUGGAGAAGUAUGGUGCCGCGAGCCUAGUACAGAUCCCGGUUACAUUGCACAAGAUUCCCGUGUUUCAGCGCGAAGGUUCGAUUGUGCCUCGUAAGAUGCGCGUACGACGCAGUUCUGUAGCCAUGAAGAAUGACCCCUAUACGUUAGUAGUGAUCGCUAAUCAACAGGGACUGGCCAUGGGGAACCUUUACAUCGACGACGAGGCGAGUUUCGAAUACAGGCAUGGAAAGUAUUUGUACCUUAGGCUAUUGUUCAAGAAUAACAAGCUUACGUCCACUAUGCUACAAAAACUCGCGAAUUAUAAUACUAGGAGUUGGCUUGAGCGAGUGAAUAUUGUCAAUCCUCCUAAAGGCAUUACCAAAGCUACCAUAUAUUCCAAAGCUCUGGGUAAAGCUGAUUUAGAAGUCAAGUACAAUCCUAGUAAUAAUGUUUUAACUAUUCGCAAACCAGGUAUAAAUAUGGGAGAGGAAUGGAUAAUUGAUUUAAUUGCUUAAAAAUUGUCUUUAAGUAAAACAAAAAAAUAGGUGAUGGAUUUAGUGCGUUCUGUACAUAUCCACACUAAAAACUUGAUUAAAGAAUAAUCACUGUAACGUUUUUUCAUCCUUCAUACAGUAUACGAUAUUGUAUCGUUAUGAAUAAUCAAGCAAUGCUGUACAGUUCAUUUGUAGAUAAAUAUAAAAGGAAAAGAAAAGAACAAAGAAACAAAGAAACAAAUAACUAACCAAACUUUAUAAAGUAGUUAUUUAUUACAAAUAGCACAUCAUCCGAAGCAUGCUUAAUUUUUGCUUUUCUUUUUUUUUGUAAUUGUUAUUUUACAGUUUCAUAUAAACUCAUAGAUUACAUGUAAGAAUUAGAUGCAUGUCUAUAAAGAUAAAUGCAUUUCAUUUUUACGUAAGUCAAGAUUUAAGUUUUUAUAUUAUGUUACAAAAGCAAAAAAGAAAAACCGAGGAACCAACUGUACUUUCAAUACUUAUAAUGUAUAACAAAAAUAGCAAAGUGGAAAUAUACGAUUUUGUUAUAAUAA